AAUUAGCAAGUUAACUCAGCUUGAAAAUGAAAAUAAAGAAUUAUGUAACCAUAUUCAAAGGUUGAAGAAUUCUGGAACUGUGUCUUUAUCUUUAAUUAUGAAAUAUCUACAUCCAAGUCAAUUAUCUGUAGAAAAAAAACCUCAAGUCAGGCCCAAGGCUUUUAAGUUUGAAACACUCAUGACUGCAGAAUCAAUUGUAAAAAAAUUAGAAAAUAAAGAAAAUGUAAAAUGA